UCUGGCUACAUCGCUCGUAUCCACAACAAAACACACUUCUGAUUUCAACUGCAUAUCUGUAAAAAUGAUAGAAAUUACGUGCAACGACCGUCUUGGCAAAAAGGUGCGCGUCAAGUGCAAUCCAGACGACACAAUCGGCGACCUGAAGAAACUCAUUGCGGCACAAACAGGCACUAAGCAUGAAAAGAUUGUGUUGAAGAAAUGGUACACAAUCUACAAGGACCCCAUUCGCCUAUCCGACUAUGAAAUCCACGAUGGCAUGAACUUGGAGCUAUAUUACCAGUAAAUCGGCGGCGUCCUCUCAACUACAGUGUUCUUGUGUUUAAUACUUUUUUAGAUAUUUUUUAAUAAACAAUUUGUCAAUAAAUAAGAAUAACAAAA